AUGGACGGUAAAAGACACCCCAGCUCGUUCCAGCAGCUGGAGAAGCUGGGCGAGGGUACAUAUGCGACAGUAUUCAAGGGUCGGAAUCGCCAGACGGGCGAACUUGUCGCACUCAAAGAGAUCCACCUUGACUCGGAAGAAGGCACGCCGUCGACUGCCAUCCGCGAAAUCUCCCUUAUGAAGGAGCUCAAGCACGAGAACAUUGUCGCCCUCCACGAUGUCAUCCACACCGAGAACAAGCUGAUGCUCGUCUUCGAGUACAUGGACGGAGACCUCAAGAGGUACAUGGAUACCCACGGCGAACGCGGAGCCCUGAAGCCCGCCACCAUCAAGUCCUUCAUGUACCAGCUGCUCAAGGGUAUCGACUUUUGCCACCAGAAUAGGGUGCUGCACCGCGACCUGAAGCCCCAGAAUCUUCUCAUCAACAGCAAGGGGCUCUUGAAGCUGGGCGAUUUCGGUCUGGCACGCGCCUUUGGGAUUCCCGUCAACACCUUCUCCAACGAGGUCGUGACCCUGUGGUACCGAGCCCCGGAUGUCCUCCUGGGCAGCAGAACAUACAACACGAGCAUCGACAUCUGGUCUGCCGGCUGCAUCAUGGCCGAGAUGUACACGGGCAGGCCUCUCUUCCCCGGAACCACCAACGAGGACCAGAUCAUCCGCAUCUUCCGCAUCAUGGGCACACCCACUGAGCGGACUUGGCCGGGCAUUACGCAAUAUCCCGAAUACAAGCCCACGUUCCAAAUGUACGCAACGCAGGACUUGCGCAACAUCCUCCACGCCAUUGAUCCUACCGGCAUCGAUCUGCUCCAGAGAAUGCUCCAGCUGCGGCCCGAACUGCGAAUAAGUGCGCACGACGCUCUGCAACACCCCUGGUUCAGCGACAUUGUGCUACAUCAGCAACAGCAGCAGCAGCAGCAGCAACAACAACAGGUUCUGCAUGCUCAAGCGCGAGCUUAUCAGCAGGGUGUUGCCGCCCAAAACUUUGACAACUACUAG